AUGCACAUGUUGGGAAUCACUGAUCCAGGGCAGGCACAUGGAUUUCGGCUCUGCUUUCACCCCCCAGUGAAAGAUGGUUUGGCUCCAAACAGCCUCAGAGAGGGACUGGCCAAGGUGAUUCUGGCCGUUUGCACCUUUGAGCUGUUUAUCCCUUCCCAGGUUAUUGCGAUAAGAUGUUACCGUUACCGGUUUGGAGGAGCCAGUUCUGAUAUGGCAGAGGGGAAGUAUUUACCACAUGCCAUGGUUUGGAGCUUCCCCGUGCAAGUCCCAGGGCUGGGCACAGAGGCUUUCAUUCACCAUCAGACGGCAGAGCCAGCUUGUGGGAUACAUGUGGUGCGGGACGUGCGGGGCCGCCUGCCCGCGGCGCCGCCGCCCGCCGUCGUGGGCGUCCUGCUGCCCGGCGGGGACGGCGAGGACGCGGCCGUACUGGACGCGGCGCUGCGGCGGCACUUCCCGGCGCCCGGCACGGUGCAUGCGGCCCGGUACAGCCCCGGCUGCCCCGGCGAGUGCCGCGCCGCCGCCUGCCGCGCCCUGCGGGCCGCCCUGCAGCACCCCGCAGAAGAGGGGAAAGACAGGGAGAGGUGGAGGCUCCCAUCCUUCCUGCGGUGCAUUUCUUGGAAACAGAGGAACUGGAGAAAAGAUCACAAAGCAAAAGCUGCAAACAACAUUCAUGAAGAUGGCCUGCAGGACCCCGAGGAAGAAGUGGCUCUGACCAGCCUGUCCCCCAAUGGAAACUGCGAAGAAGCUGCUGGAGGCACAGGCACCUAGAGCUGCUGGGCACCCAGCACAGUCCACAUCCCAGAUCUGCCUGGUGGAUUUGGAGCAGUGGGAGGAGGAGCUGGUGCAAUGCUCACUCACCCUCUCCUCCGAGGACCCACCACUCUGUGGAGAAGCUGCUCAGCUGAACUCCUCAGGGUCUUCUGGAGCUGCCAACAGCCUCUGGGGUCUGUGCCAGAGAGCCAUUCCCUGCUGUGCCUGGAGCUGCUGCUGGACACUGGGCUUCUGAGAAGGCUUUUGGGGAUGUAUCCCAUAUCCUGGGCAAGAUGACGUUGGGACUUUGAGCAUGAAAUGCAGCCGCCUGUUUGAAGAAUGAGGAGCAUUUUCUAAUUCCGAGCAAAGUUCCCUGCUGAGGCUGCCAGGGCUGGCCUCCCUGGCAGACCAAUUCUGCUGCCUUGUUUUCCUGCUUUAUUGGUGCUUUGAAGUUCCCACUCUCUUUGUGAUCGAGCCAAAAAAAAAAAAAAA